AUGGAGAACCUGCUGCGCUGUAGCCGCUGCCGCAGCUCCUUCUACUGCAGCAAGGAGCAUCAGCGCCAGGACUGGAAGAAGCACAAGCUCGUGUGCCAGGUCGGCGAGAAGGUUCCUGCCCCCGGCACGGGCCAACCGUUAAGCCGGGCCGCGCGCCGCUGCCCAGGGCCGCCGGAGCCAGGGAGGCCAGGAAGGCGGCGCCGCUCUGGGACCGAGCCGUCGAGGCCGCGGGUCCGCGGGCCUCCGGAGACGCAGCCACGGCGAAGGCGAAGGCCAAGCCUACGGCCGACCCCGCGGCAGCCGCGUCCCCGCCCCGCGCGGCCCCCGGCAGCCAGGGUUGGGUAG